AUGAAUAAUCUUUCAUCUCAAAAUAUUGGGACUAGCUUAGACUUCCAAGAGUCACCUGGGGAGUUUGAAGAAGAAGAGGAGAGAGAAGAGGACGAUUCCUCAGAAAUUUCAUCACUCCCGCCUCUUACACAAGUAGCCACAGCUAGCCCUCGCAUGAUAGUAUCACCCAAAAUGCAAAACAUACAUUUGAUUAUUCAAAAUGAGGAUAAUGACUCUAGUGAAGUUAAUACGCCACAUGAGGACUGGCAUGCAAAUCUUGGUCUAGGUAUACAGAGUCAGCCUUUGCGAAAUGAGAGGAACGUUGAAGAGCACUAUAGAACAAGAGCUAAAAGACAAACGAUUCUAUGGGCAGAGAAUCAAGCAGAAGAAGAUACAAUGACUCAGGAAAGAGUAAGAGCUGAAGCUGAAUUGCAGGUUAAGUUUGAAGGGGCUCGAGCUAAAGCUGAAGCUCGAGCCGAAGCCGAAGCAUCCUCCAGAGCUGGGCUAUCAACGGGGGUUAACGGUGCAAACAGAACUGUAGAGGAUACCAAAAGUACAGGGGAACAAGAUGAAAUGACCAGGAAAACAGCAGAACGUGAGAGAAGGUUAAGGGCAGAAAAGGAAAGGUUGCUCAUCGAGGAAGAUGCAAGAAAGAAAGCUGUACAGGUCAAAUUGGAGAAAGAAAAAGAAGAAGAAGAGGAAGGAAAAGCAGCUGCAGGAAGAACAACAGCGGCACCAGAAACUCCAGAAGAUCAGGAGGCACAGAGGAUUGCAGUUGAAAUUGUCCAAGGGAUAUACAAAAAAAUUAGUCACACAGAAUAUGCCAAUUUUUUGGGGACAAAGGAAAACCACAGAAUUUUAAAAAGAUUCAUCAUACUGUUAGAGCCACUACCGAACUCUUUAGUGUUGUCACUUUACAAAUUAGUCACCAGGAUAUAUUUUAUUGCUGAAGCACAGGCCAUCGAUCGAAUUUUAGAGGAACUAAGUAUACGAUGGACUACCACAAAUCCUGCGACCCACUGGGGAUCUCAUUACAACUUGUGUCACAUCGUUCUUUUCUCACUUUUAAUUCUGAACUCUGAUCUACAUAACGCAGAGAACAAUCAACCUAAGUUCUCGAAGGAGGAAUUCACAGAAAAUACACUAUUUGCUGUAGAAAAAGAGAGCUCUAAAUCGAAUUUUGAUCUUGCCCAACAUGAACCGGGCAUUCGUGAGGAAUUAGGCGUUUAUUAUGAAGCUCUCAAGUAUAUGUCUCUGCCGCUAUUGAAAAAAGAUGAAAAUAAAACAAAUGUUAGAGACUCUAGAGAUUCUAAGGACACUAGGAUUCGAAUAAGAAGGAGGAACUCCAAGAUGUCUACUAGAAGCCAACUUAACAACAGUACAGAGAACAGUUCGUCCGAUGACGAUACCUCCGUCAUCUCAAGUUCAUCCCCAUCUGCCAGAAGAGAACCUCAUUAUACUUCAAAUUGGAAAUUUCAUCAUAAUAAACCUUUACCGCGCCUUUAUCGAAAAGAACCACUUGACGAGGUAUUCGUUUUUAGCAAUGGAACUUCAUGGUGCGUGGAUUCAGGUAUAAAGAUGAAUGAACGUGACCUGGCAUCAUCUUCUAACAAUAAAUCCACUGCACAGAGAACAACACGAUCACGUAUACCCUCCUCUGCCGGUGGCAUUUUCCGUUGGAUUACUAGAUCCAAAUCUAAAUCUCUAUUGCAUGGGAACAAGUCUCCAGUUGCUUUUUUUGACGGCAAUACCAAAUGGAUUAAUGUCAGAUGUAGAGUAUGUGAAGGAAGAAUCUAUGUUUUCAAACACUAUCCACCCAGCAUGGGGCCUCAGAACUCUAUGCAAGAUUUAGAUGGAAUGAAAAAAGCUAGUGACGUCUAUUUCGUAUGUUCACUCUACGAAUCCCUAGCGACUUUGGUACAGGAUAAUGUUGUUGUCAAUAAUAACCAUGAACCCUCUCGUCGUGGUGAUUUGGACCAAAGGGGCAACUUCACGGUUAUCAUACCGGCUUCUCUCCACAGAAAGAAGACUUUAUUAGAAUUCCAAACUUCAAAUGUCGAAGAGGCUCAAAGAUUCGUCCAAUGUGUCAAUUUUUGGGCGGCACGACUAACGCCAGUUCCCACCGCACAAUUUGAAAUUGUCUCCAAUGAGGAAAACGGCUGGAGCCCACGGGUCCUCUCAGGCGAUUUACCUAUUGAAACUCUCGAAACUCUAUACCUGAGCGAUUGGAGACCUUUACUAUCGAUUAGCCAUCUUUACAGUGAACAGGAAAAUUCUACGGAGGAAACUAAUAUGGUGGACAAGAUAGAAGUCCUAGAAAGUUUUGCGGAAUACUUGCAACGGACUAUCGAUUCUCAUAACACGGUGAAACCACUAAUGAUCUCCCGCUGGCGACGUACUAGAAACUUCGAGAGAGCAAUGGACAAUUGGAAUAAAAAAUACUUGUACUUGAACGAACUUAACGAAAGGACUUCCGUCUAUUUGAAUGCGCUGCAAUUAGCACAAAGGAGUGUUAAACAUUGA